GGUAGUGAUAAAGGUGCAUUGAUUGCAAUGAAUACUUAUGAUAAAGCCAAAGAGGAAAAAAGGAAAAAACAUAUGUGCGCAUUGUACCUUCGGAGUCCUGAGGAAAUUAAGGAAGAAGAAGCUUUGCUGGAAGAAUAUGAACGAAUUGAACAGAAUGAAAAGAAAUUUGCCAGAGAACGUGAAAAUCUAUUGAAAUUACUUAGCUUUCAAGAACUUGCUCAGCCUAAGCGAAAGAAAUCACUUCUCAGUGGGCCAACAACUCCAACAAUGGAAGUUGGGAGUUCAAACUUCCAUACAUCCGCCGAAAUACCAAAAAAGAAUCGUCGCACAUCGGCUUCUUCUGUUGGUUCAGCUGUUAUAGAAG